AUGGCUGGCCCACCCGUCGUAAUGGACUCGCCCGCGUCCGUGACAAUCUCGCGUCCCGAAGAAAACGUCUGGGUCCUCAGUAUGGAGCGUAAGCCCGACAACCGACUUUCUAUGGAGAUGCUCGCUCUCCUCGCGAUCAGGCUGGACGAGAUUGAGGCUGAGUGGCGGCAGAAGAACGAGGGCAAGGAGGAUGCGGACAAGGUUGGCGGCGCGGUGGUUUUCGACUCGCACGUCCAGAAGUUCUGGAGUAAUGGGUUCAUUCCAGUCUUUCUGACUCGGCCGGGAUUCAAGGACCAAUACGUCACUCCCCUCCUCAUUCGCAUACUCAACUAUCCGCUCGUGACUGUCGCCGCUAUUUCCGGGCACUGCUUCGCUGGCGGCAUGCUCCUCGCCCUCACCUGCGACUUCCGCAUCAUGGGCACAAAGUCGGGCUGGAUGAGCAUGAACGAGCUGCUGAUCGGCCUGCCCCUUCAAACCGGCUCGGGCGCAGUCCUGCGUGCCAAACUCACGCCCAAUGUCCUCCGCGACACGAUGAUGGGUAAGCGCUGGACCGCACACGAGGCACACGCAGCGGGCUUUGUCGACGAGACUGUCAGUAAUGAGGAAGACCCCGCCGCCGUCACUGGGCGCGCGAUCGAAGUCGCACAGGAACACCUUCCCAAGGUCGCUAUGGGGGCUUGGGGCCAGAUCAAGAAGGGCCUGUACUCUUGGGUCGGGGACACCAUGCUCACCAACCCACCCGGUCUGUAUCCGAAGGAGGAGGGCGUUGCGUUUUUCGACCGCCUGGAGAGACGCAAGGCCAACUUGUAG